CAACAAACAGACAACAAACACGUCCGUCUUGACAGUGUUGCCCUAGUCGCCUUCUCCCCUCGCGACAGACAGUAUCACUCGCCGUAACAUGUCUGACAUCGCCGCAUGAUGAGUGAAGUCGAGAAAAAGGCAACCUUCGGGUGGGAGCGCAUUGGCGACAGGUUCUAUCGCAAGACUGAGCUGUACCGCGACAUCUUUGAUCCCGACCUCGAGCUCGAGAACUUCACCGUCACCGGCGCUCCCUUCAGUGGUGCUGUAGCCCUGCGCCGAGAUACCACCAAGGCCUCCACCUUCCGCGGUCCGCACUCCGCCAAACCGACUAUCGACAUUCACAGUUGCGCUGGCAAGCUGAUCCGCCAGAUUCAGUGGGAUCGAGGGAAUAUUGUAUGUCUCGGCUGGUCGGAGGAUGAGAAGCUGCUGGUGGUCACGGACGACGGCGCCGUGCGCGUCUACUCGGAUCUACAGGCCGACUUCACGCCCUUCAGCUUGGGACACGGGGCGGAAGACCAUGGCGUGCUGGCGUGCAGGUUCUGGUCCAGCGGCUUCGUCGCACUGCUCGGGAAUAACAACCUGGUGGUAGUUGCACGUUACGAUGAGCCACGACCACAGCUACUUGCCUCUGCGCCCGCUGGCGAUGUCAUAUCUUGGACGGUUAUCGCACCCGAGUACACGUCCUCGAGAUCUGUCGAAGUACUGCUUGCGGUAGACCAGACAGUUUACGUGGUAGAUGCGGUAGAGUGCGAGGACCGGGGCCUCCAAGCUGGACCUUUCCGUCAUAUCGCAGUGUCGCCCAACGGCAAGUUUGUUGCCCUAUAUACAGACGACGGCAAGGUCUGGGUCAUCAGCAGUGACUUUCAAGACCGCUUCAGUGAGUACGAGUCGAAAGCGAGGACGCCUCCAAAAGACUUGCAAUGGUGUGGCAACAACGCAGUAGUGCUGGCGUGGGAAGAUGAAAUCCAUCUUGUUGGGCCAAACGGUUCCGCCCACAGAUGGGAAUACGAUUCAUGGGUCCAUCUUCUCCCGGAUGUCGAUGGCAUACGGAUCAUGACCAGCGACGUGUGCGAAUUCUUGCAGAAGGUGCCUGACGCCACAGAAGAGGUCUUCAAAAUCGGCUCCGAUGCUCCACCUGCUGUGCUGCUCGACGCCAUCGUGCAACUGGAUCACAAGUCACCCAAGGCGGACGACAACAUUCAGUUGAUCAGACCGAAUCUAGACGAAGCCGUAGAUGUCUGCGUGCGUGCUGCAGGGCACGAAUUCAAUGUCUAUUGGCAGAAGCAACUGCUCAAAGCCGCGUCUUUCGGUAAAUCUGUGCUAGAUCUAUACAACAGUGAUGAUUUUGUGGAUAUGACAGAGGCUCUGCGCGUACUGCACGCGGUGAGAGCUCACGAGAUUGGUCUACCGCUGUCAUACGAGCAGUACGUCCGUCUCACUCCAGAGAAACUUGUGCAAAGACUGGUCAACCGCUACGAGUAUCUGCUGGCGUUGAAAGUAUCAGAGUAUUUGCACCUGCCGGUGGACAGCAUCUACGUGCACUGGGCGCGCCAGAAGGUCCGUAGCUCAAGCACCGACGAGGACAGCAUAUGUGCCGAAAUCGUGCGCAAGCUGAAUGGCAAGCGUGGCAUCUCGUUCGAGGAAGUCGCUCGAGCAGCAUACGAUGAAGGCAGAGGGAAGCUGGCAACAGAGCUACUAGAGUAUGAACCCAGAGCCGGCAAGCAGGUCCCGCUCCUGCUCGACGUCGGCGAGGAGUCCAUCGCGCUCGAUAAGGCAAUCGAAAGCGGCGACACAGAUCUCGUCUUCUACGUGCUGUUGAAUUUGAAGAAGAAGAUACCCCUUUCGAGCUUCUUUCGCACCAUCAGUAGUCGGCCGGUAGCCACUGCGAUCGUGGAAGCAUCAGCCAUUGAUCAGGACGUGGAGCUUCUCAAAGACUUGUAUUACCAGGACGACCGACGACUCGAUGGUGCAAACUUGCUCGUGUCAGAAGCACUUGUUGCCAGUGAUGUUCAUCCGGCGAAUGACAAGCUCAAGAUGGCCUCGAAGCUGCUGCGUGACAGCAAAGAGUUUGCACCACAAGUCACGGCUAUUGAGGAAGCGCAGAAGUUGUUGAGGUUCCAAGAGACAUUUCAGAAAGAGCUGAACGAAAGCUACAUUGGGCUGUCGGUGAACCAAACGAUAAGCAAGCUCAUCAGGCAAGGGAAUAUCAAACGCUCACUAAAGGUGCAAUCGGAAUUCAAGGUCAGCGACAAGACGUACUGGUGGAUCAGAUUACGGGCACUCGUCAGCAGAAGAGACUGGAGAGAGCUCGAAGAGAUCAUGAAGCAGCGGAAGAGCCCUAUUGGCUGGGAGCCAUUCUUCAACGAGAUAUUGGGAGCUGGAAACCCGAAGGUGGCCUCCGCCGUCAUUCCCAAAUGCACGUCGCUGACUACGGCCGAACGCAUCGAAAUGUGGGUCAAGUGCGGUAUGGUGAACAAGGCAGGCGAAGAAGCGCUCAAAGUCAAAGACCGUGCUGCGCUUGAGGAACUUCGGAGCAAAGCGAAUGGACAGCAAAUGCUCGAUAUUGACCGGAUGAUUGCUCAGCUGUCGAGAGGACGGUAGGACGAAGAACUGAUGACACCACCCGAUAUGACUACAUGACGGCAUGUCCAUUUUGACGCAUCCCAACGCGAUCCACAUCGAGCCGCGCUGAGACAAGCUUGCUCUGUUGGAAUCGGUGUUGGAGAGGGUGCAGUGGUCACCUUGGUGAGGCUGCUGAGAUGUAGCAAUGUUGAUGCACGGCGGAAUCAACGUCUUGUUUGGUGUCUACCGUAGAAGCGACUAUGGACACUGCACUGUAUAUACCUCAGGUACCUUGCCUUACUUUUCAACAAAUGCACAUGUAUCCA